AUGGGCGCAGAACCGGACACGCAGCGCGAAUCGACGCUGGACGAAUCGGUCCAAGUGGCCGAUGCGUACGACGACGACGAGGAGUCGCAGUACGCAUCGGUCAGCAAGCAGACGAUCGAAGCCAGUGCGCGCUACACGACCGUGCGACAACUCUUCACGUCCCCCGCCGACUACGACCCGGCGCGCGAGACGCACUACGUGCUGGUGGUGCACGGCACGUUCGACUCGCCGCCCGCCGCGGGGAAUCCGCCGCCGUGGUACUUCCUGGACGCGAAGCGCGCCGACAACUUCUGCCACCUCAUCGCCAAGGACCUCAAGGGCACGCCGCUCGGCUUCGACGCCGUCUGGCGCCAACUGCCCGACUCGCACGCGGGCAUGCGGCUGCGCGAGGACGUGCCGUACCCUUUCCACUGGUCGGGGCACAACACGCACGAGGCGCGCGUCGGUGGUGAGCGCGCCUGGGGGGGAAGAUGGGUGAGCGCGCCUGGGGGGGAAGAUGGGUACAGUGAGCAGCAAGGGGCAAGGAUGAUGGGAACGGCACGGCCAAAGGCAGCACGCCAUGCUUGCUCGUCCUCGUGCAAACCAUCUCUCUUAUCCGCCAAUGCCGCCACUCAUUACCCCCCCGAACCCAUCUAUUCCACCACGGGCCCCCCUCCUUUCCCCCUCCCUGGCGCAGCGGGCAAAGCGUUGGCGCAGCUGAUCCACGCGGUGGGGCGCGCGGACCCGUCGGCGCGCGUGCACGUGGUGGCGCACAGCCACGGGGGCAACGUGGCGCUCAAGGCCGUGUCCAAGUACCUCUCCAUGCUGCGCCGCGACUCCCGCGACCCUGCGCGCGCCUCCCACGACCAGAUCACCGCCGCCUUCUGGGAGGCGCACGCUGAAGGGUACCGAAGCAUAAAGGAGCACCAGCAGGUGAAAGUGGGCGCGGUCUGGAUGCUGGCGUUCGCGCCGUUCCUGGUGGUGAAGCGGCCAUGGCGGGGCGACGAGGCGCUAGGCGCCUUCCCCUACGCCUACUUCCGACGCGUUGACUCGCUUCUCGGCCUUCCCAAGCGAGUGCCGCCCCCUGAACCCCUCCUUCUCCGCUCCCCCUCACUCCUGUCCUUCAAGGCCGCCCGCCUCCUCCACUCGCUCCCCACCUCCCUCCACUCUCUGCUCCUCUUUCCCUCUUCUCACCCUCUUCGUCACUCCCUUUGUCUCUCCCACAUAUCUCCUCCACCCACCGGCCAUAACCCCGCAACCCUGUACCCCUUCCCUUGUCCGUCCCCCACUCCCUCCCCCCAGGGUGCGGCAGGCCAAGCCGCGCGCACCAUGGCGGGCACCAUCCUCGCCCUCUCCGUGCUGGUGUUUGUGGUCAUCGUGGGCGCCGUGGUGUCCGUCAAGUACGCCAUCUUCCACGAGGUCAACACCGCUGACCUCACCGGCGGCGAGCUCACAUUCUGGGUAACAGUGGCACUGGUGUCAGUGGCGGUGGUGGUGUACAACACGUUGAGCAGCAAGCGGUACAGCGACGGCAACGUGUAUUUCACGGAGAAGAAGGCGUGGAGCCCAGCCAUGAGCGCGCUCGUGCUCAACGCAGGGAAGCUCGACGAGGCCGCCCUCGCACUCUCCACGGAGCCCCUCGUGCGCGCAUACCUCAUGCCGCAGGUCAAGCGCCACCUCUUCUCUCCGCGCAUCCCCCAUCCCCUCAAUCCUCCAUUCCCCACACCCCAUCCCCUCAAUCCUCCAUUCCCCACACGCCAUGCCCUCGAUCCUCCAUUCCCCACACGCCAUGCCCUCGAUCCUCCAUUCCCCACACCCCAUCCCCUCAAUCCUCCAUUCCCCACACCCCAUCCCCUCAAUCCUCCAUUCCCCACACGCCAUGCCCUCGAUCCUCCAUUCCCCACACGCCAUGCCCGCGUGCGCCAGACCAUGCUGACGCCCGACCCAUGGCGCAUGCUGCGCCCCUUCCCCGCCAAGACAUGGCUGGUGUCGCUGGCCAACCUGUACAACAACUGCUGGGUGGCGCUGUGGACGGUGGUGCUGGCGGUGCCGUACAUGAUCCUGUGGCUGCUCAACUUCCUCCUCGUGCCCUACUUCUGCAACCAGCUGCUGCGCCUCUUCAUCACCCUCGGCUUCGGCCUGCAGAAGGUGUACGUGGAGGAGUGGCUGCGGCUGCCCCCAGCGACGCACAGCAUAGCGCAUUGGAACGUGCAGAAGAUCCUCACCGCCGCCACGCUCGACCAGCUCAAAGACCUCCGCAAGCGAUGUCACCGCUCACUUGACACUCCAUCCGUCUCCAUGCCCUGCCUUGCUGCCCCUCCCACUGCACUCUGCAUGCACCCUCACCCCUUUCUUCCCCUCCUUUCUCCCCUUCUCCCCCCCUUCUCCUCUCCCCUCCGCUGUGUGUGGCAUGGAGCAGCGGUGAUACCAGGGGAGGCAGCGGCAACGGAGGAGGCGUUGAUGGAGGCGCACACGCAGCUCGUGGACCCCCACGCCAUCGCGCAGCGCUGGCGCUUCCUCUGGGAUGACGCGGAGUUGGAGAGGAAGGCGGAGGAGUCGACGACACUGGCGCUGCUAAAGAACCAAGUCGAUAAGAUGGCACACAACCCCCGCAUCUCCAGAGUGGCAUUCGAGCGGGAGUUGAAGGUGGUGUGUGUGACAUUGGAGGAGCGGUACAAGGACAUGACAGGCAACGUGGAGCUGUCGCACGGUAGCUACUUCCGCAACCACGUCGUCAUCGCCGUCAUCGCGCACUUCCUGGCCCACGGAGAGGUGCCCUCUUGGGCGCCGCAGCUGGGGGAGAUGACCCCGCCCGCUCAGAAGCCCGCCAAGAAGGGCCCCAUGUCGCGCCUCUUCAGCCGCCGCAUCACACCCACCCCUGACGAGCUCAACAGCACCCCCUCGCAAUAA